GGGGCGCCGGGCUGGACGCCGGAGGUGCCUCGCUCUUUGCGUGGCGGGACGGGAGCCAGCGGGAGUGGGUGUGGAUCUGGCCUUGCGGGACAGUAGCCACCACCCCGGGACCUUAGCCCUUCUUACCUGAAUAAGGUCGCCUGGACGGUCGGCCUUGGGGGUGGGAGAGAGACGGGAGCUGACCGUGUCGGUGGUCAGUCGCCGGGAAGGGGGUGGAACGCGGGGCGGAGUCUCUCCCGAUGCCCCGGUGCUUGGGGCCGAGGGACCUUCCUGGAGGUGGGACGGAACCGAUCGGCUUGAGCGGCAGCCCAGGAGCCCCGUGAGCCGCGGGCCGGACUGUUGAGGACCUACAGCCAGCUCGGUUCACCUGCUUGCAAGAGCUUCCAAAUCCGAGCGCCCUGCCGAGUUUGGAGGAAAAGGAUGGAGGCGUCUCCAACUCCUUAGCUCUGGACUGUUUGUCCGGACAGUUAGCGACAAGCAGAGGAAUCAGCCCUCGGCUCCCGCACCUAGUGCGAAUACACUCGGGGUCCUGAAGUCUCCACCUGCCCCACCACCGACUGCUACCAUGAGGAUAAAUCAGAAUAUCCUGCUGCUGGGAAAGAAAGUGGUCCUGGUCCCCUACACCUCCGAGCAUGUACCCAGGUACCACGAGUGGAUGAAGUCGGAGGAGCUGCAGCGCCUGACGGCGUCGGAGCCGCUGAGCCUCGAGCAGGAGUACGCGAUGCAGCGCAGCUGGCGGGACGACGCGGACAAGUGCACGUUCAUUGUGCUGGAUGCAGAGAUGUGGCGGGCCCAGCCACGGCCCCCGGAAGAGAAGUGCAUGAUGGGAGACGUCAAUCUCUUCCUCACGGACCCGGGGGACCCAGCCUUGGGGGAGAUUGAGGUCAUGAUUGCAGAGGCCGGCUGCAGGGGGCGGGGCUGUGGCACCGAGGCCGUGCUCAUGAUGCUGUCCUACGGAGUGACCAGGCUCGGCCUGACCACGUUUGAAGCCAAAAUUGGGCAAGAAAACGAAGCCAGUAUCCGGCUCUUCCGAAGACUUCACUUCGAGUGGCCGAGAGCAGCGUGUUCCGGGAGGUGACGCUGCGGCUGCGGAUGAGCCCGCCGGAGCGACAGUGGCUGCAGGAGCGGACCUGCCACGUGCAGGAGCAGCCCUACCGCGAGGGGGCGCCAGAGCCCCGCUGACGGCUGCGGCGGCGGCUGCGGCUGCGGUUCAGGGCGGGCCACUGCAGGGGACCUCGAGGAUCCGCACCAGGCUGGGACUUGCUUGGGUGGGGGAACCCGUGGCAGGCCAGGCUCUGGCGGUGUGUGUGUGUGUGUGCCCUCCAGGGAAGUGGGGGUGUGUGUGCUUGCGCGAUGAAGGCCUGGGCCCACCCCCCCCCCCUUAGUCCAUGUACGCCCAGAGCACUGCUGGGGGCGCCGUGGGGAGUAAAGCACGUGCAUCUCC